UGACGCUGUCAACAUUGUGACAGUUAAAAAGUUUUGUUAGUGAAUUUUAGUAUAUAUUUUAUAUAUAAUGUGUAGAAUAGUAGUUUUUAGUGUUGUGAUCGUGUCUUAUACAAUAUCAUGUAGUGGAAGUGGAAUAUUUAACGAAGAGUCCAGAAUAACUUUUGAACCAGACGAUAAUUUCUCUCAAUAUUUUGGUUACUCCGUCCUUUUCGAUUCAGAUAAGCUUAUAGUUGGAGCUCCCAAAGCAAGAAAUAGAUACAACACCACUAUUAAUUCUGGACAAGUAUUUACAUGCUCAUUAGAAGAUUUAAACUUGAAAAAAGUCCCAUGUCGCCCUUUGGGAGUAAAUGAAGAUGUUGAAGACAUGAUAUUUCGGAGAUUUACUAAAUAUGCAGAUUUUUUCGAAAAUGACAUGUGGUUUGGAGCGACGAUAGCUUCAGUCCCAAAUGGAAAAUUACUGAUGUGUGCUCCUCGGUGGACAACUCCAUACAGAGACAAGCACUUACUUGCAAAUGGUGCUUGUUAUAUGAUAUCCAAAAGACGUGGUGCUGCGCUUUUUCCAUUAGCUGAAAUGAGUCGACAAGCAUUCAUGACUCACGGUGCAAGAAUGGAGUAUGGGGAAUAUGGUACACAUCUAAAUCUCUACGCGUAUGGUCAAGCCGGAUUUUCUAUUAAAGUCUCGAAGAAUAGUAUUAUUAUUGGUGCACCUGGACUAUUACAAUGGACAGGUGGUAUCGCAACGUAUAAGUACGACAAGGAAAGCGAAUACUUGAGCUUACAACCAACAGUUAAUCCAUAUUACACAUUAGACGUUGGACCAGAUGAUUACUUAGGAUAUAGUGUCGAGUCGGGUGUUUUUGAGAAGAAUGGUAGCACGUUAUACGUCGCAGGAGCACCUAGAUCAAAGUCAGGAUACGGACAGGUUCUCAUCUUCGAGCCGUCAUUUCGAGAAACGGAUCCUUUUAAAAUUAAAGCAAAAGUUCGUGGACCACAACUAGGAGCUUAUUUCGGCGCUAGCUUGUGUUGUACUGAUAUCAAUGGUGACGGUAUCACUGAUCUCCUCGUGGGAGCACCUAACUUUGUUAGAAAAGAUGGCGAUGGAUUACAUUACGAUCAAGGUGCAGUAUUCGUGUACCUAACUGACAUAACGGAGACAAACUUCACUCUUAUAGCAGUAGAUUACGUUAGUGGUUCCGGAGAAAGUGGAGUUCGUUUUGGUAGUACAAUAGCAAAUUUAGGAGACAUAGAUGGUGAUGGAUUCAAUGAUAUAGCGGUAGGAGCUCCAUGGGAAGAUGACGGAAGAGGGGCAGUGUUCAUAUUUAGAGGUGGAAACGAAGGACUAAGACAGAAAUAUGUCCAGAAGAUUAUAGUAAAAGAAGCAAAAACAUUUGGUAUUUCUAUAUCUGGGGGUUACGAUAUUAAUAACGAUAAGUGUAAUGAUUUAGCUGUUGGCGCUCAUAGUUCUGGUGCAGCUUACGUUUUUAGAUGCACGCCAACAAUGCAUGUUGAAGUAUAUAUAAAAGUCCCAGAUGCAGUUAAUUUACAACAAGGUGCUACGAAUUUCUCAGCCUUAUUCUGUGUUAAAGCAGCUGAAAGCAAAACCUGGCCGCGUGCGAAAAUGGAUUUUACUGCAAAUAUAGUGAUUGAUCCCAUUCAAAACAGAGCCAGAGUCAAUGGAGAUACAGAAUACGAAGUCUCCAUAAAUCCUGGCAAUGAAAAUUGUGACGAACAAGUUAUUGAAGUAAAGCCGACAGCCGAUUUAUCAAAACCUAUCUCUAUGAAAUUCAAUUUGGAAGUAAAAGACGCGGGAGGUGAUACAGAUUCCGAUGCAGAGUUUGCGAAACUAUCAGAUGAUUCCGUUUUAGAAUCUCUUUUUCGAAUUCAGCUGAUGAGAGAUUGCGGCGAUGACGAAGAACUCAUCUGCAAGCCGUUUCUAGUUAUGAAUUUAAAACCCUUAAGUAGUCCGUAUAUACCCGGGACAAAAGAUAAGCUGGGCGUAAAGCUUUCUGUCGUUAACAUGGAAGAACCAUCAUUCGGAGCCAAGGUCCACCUUACCUUACCAUCGUCACCGAAAAGGCUACCUAGGGAAUGUAGCUUAGAAGAAUUUAACGUUACUUGUGACGUACCAUCUCCAUUAAAUCGAUUUGAGAUUGUUGAGUGGGAAAUAGAACUGGAAUAUGCGUAUAAAGACACUACAGAAAAGGAAUUAAAGAUAACAGCUAAUCUUAAUGAUCCAUUCAACAACGAUACUGAUAUUGAGAGAAUUUCAAAGGAAAUGGUUAUUUUGAUAACACCGAAAGCAAACUUCUCAAUAAGUGGGAAAGCGUUGCCGAACGCGACCAUUGCAGUAACAAGAGACAAAUUUAAUGAAGCGGCCAAUGUGACUUUCGUUCAUUAUUUCGAGGUUACAAAUUUUGGUCCGUCGGAUUGGUUUUGCUUGCCGGUCCAAAUACUUCUGUCAGAUAACGUGGAUCUGUCAAGUCGGAUCAAGGGAUGCGCGGAGAACGGAUCUCAUUGCGAAUGGAAUUUACCAGCCAAAGUUUCGAUGCCCGUUCUUCUAUCAUUGAGAUUCAAUUUGGCGGAUCAUGGUGAUUUCCUUGAGCGGCAAAAAGAAUUCAACAUAACAACGUAUAUGUUCAUUCUACAUGAAGGUCAAAAUAAGUCAUCCUAUAUAACAACGACGUUAAUCUUGGAACCAGCUCCACCUCUAUGGCCGAUAAUUCUAGGCUGCGUUGCCGGACUAUUGUUGCUGUCCCUCAUCGUCCUGGGGCUUUAUAAAUACGGAUUCUUCUCAAGAAAUCGAUUAGAAGACUUCAAGAGACUACAAGAACAGAAAAUGACAUUAGAUGAAGCGAAUACAUCAACCGAGGAAGGUUCCUCAUUCAGUCCUGAAGCUUCCUCACAGGAACUAAUAAUUGAGGAUUCAGAUUAAACGCAUUGAAGAUUUUUUUUUU